AUGGCGAGUCUCCUUGCACACAGAGUUGACGAAAGAGUGGUUACAGAACUUUAUCAAAAAUUGACUCAACACAAGCAGAGCCAAGUUCGAAUACAACCUCGAAUAGAAUAUACUGCACUUUUUGCUAAAUCUUUGGAUAAAAGUGUGGACUUUCGAAUAGCAGACUCCUUGGUCUCUUCUGGGAAGCGUUAUUCUCAAGCACAUUUAACUACGUUAUUAGAAAGCAGCGUGUUUCAUAUUGUGUGUGUUAUUGAAUGUCUACGACAGGGCAAAGAUGUACUGUUUAUUCAUAAAGAGUUUUUCUACAAUGUAAAUAACAAAUGUAAAGAGCAUGAAGUCGAUUCAGAUUUUACUGAGGAUGUUAAACAUUUAGCAACUACUUUUAAUAUCACACCUAACGAUUUACUAGGAAAAGGAAUAAGGAGUUUUUAUAAUAUAUCUCGAGGAUUGGGUCAGAAUACAAACAUCUUGACGCUUGAAAACUGGAUUGGUAUUAUGUCCUCAGAAUCAGUUUCUUUAGCGUUUUCGCAAAUGAACUCCAAUGUUCCUGCAUUUAUCAUGUUUGAUACUUUGAAUAGAACACCUCGUUAUAGAGAAGAAUACUUGAUGCAAUACGAGUUGUGGAUCAAUAAUACUUUGCAAAUUAUGCAACAGAAACGACAACACACCAGCUCUUUAAAAGCUUGCAUAAAGAAUUUGGCACGACAUGCUGUGAUGUUUGAAAGCGCUUCACUUGCGCCACUUUUGAAGCACACGAUCAACUUUUCCAAAUCUAGAAAUAUGGGUUUCAAAAUAGAAUUGGAAGAUUCUUUUGUUUGCGAUCUCAUAUGGAAUUUGGCUCUUAUUCUGGUAAAGUAUCAGUACGUUGAGUGGAUGCAUGUUGCUGAUGCACAAAAAAUUUUGAUGAACUCUAUUGGAAAAGGGCCAGAUGGGCACAGAUCCUUGACUUAUAGGGCCUAUUUGGGAAUUGCAAUUGUAAUGGCACAACUUUCCAAAACUAAAGGUUAUCAAAUUUUCAAAGCUGCGCAGAGUAAGUUUCCACUAGAUUUGACAACAAGCAACAAAAAGGAUUUAACUGCUUCUUUUAUAACGGAGAUAUUGCUUGCAGAAAGUUCAGAAGAGGCACUACGUUUUUUUGCCAAGGGCUCUUUGGAACUAGAACUUAGCUCCAGUAUCUGGCUUGCGCUUCUUCAAAGAUUGAAAAAUGAUCGUGUAAUGACCGAAGCCAAAGCUUUAGCAUUGUUUCGGAAGCUUUUGAAUUCGAAAACCAAGAUAACAGGUGACUUGUUAACGGAGUUUUUACGACCUGUGCAGACAAUUGAGACAUUUGAUGAGAUGUACUCGAGUGUUGGUGCAGUAUUUAAUAACAAAGAGCACUUGUUCUUUGCAAAGUACUUGCGUCUCUUGUUGGAUGAUUCAUCCAUUUUAAGUUCUGAUAAAAAGAUACAUUAUUCAUGGGAUCCAACGGAAUAUGAAUGGAAUGACAACUGUAUUAACCACCGCGAUACUCGAUUCAUCGAACAUUACAUUGAGAGGCUACGUUUGAAAUAUUCAAGUACUUCGAUACAAUUUACCAGUUUAUGUUUCCGUUUGAUUGCAAAAUUUCAAAAACAAAAUGUUUGGGAUUUUUACAAGGAGGAAAUAAUUUUGAAAAAUCAUUUGCCGAAUGCCCCAUGCUUAGAGGUAUUGCUUGACCUGGCUAUUGAGCAAGUACAAACACAAAUGUCGGGGCAGGAGCAGAAACACAAACACAAACACAAACACACGCAAUUACAACAGCAAUUACUGAAAGCAGAAGCUACGCAGGAAUUUCCAGCACCUCAUUUUGCUAUUCGAGAAUUUCAAAUACAUGUCAAACAAUCCUGUAAUGAAUUUGGAAUACGUGCAAACGAUACCCUAUGGAUUAAAUACAUUCACUUAUUAGAUCAUGUGAAGUCGAUUUCUGAGCUAUCUAAAAUUAUCAAAUGGUGGGUUGACGUCAAAUUUCACCCAAAAAAGAAUACGUUAUUAAGGUUAUUGGCUGCACUACCUGAGGAUUUUGCCGUGAGGCAUAUUAUCCAUCAUGAGAAAGUUCAUCUGAAAGAAGAUUGGGAUUGGCCAACUUUGAGAGAAUUUAAAGAAUACAUGAUUAAGUUUGAAAACGAUGAUUUACCAAAACAAGAAUGA